GCGGCGGGAUGGACGUGGACAGCCUGCCGCGCUGGACUCCCAGCGGGGAAGGUAGGGGGUCGGGGCCGCCUCUGCUCCAAGCCGCACGUCCGAAGACCCGAGGAGAGGACCGCGCAGACCACUAAGAGGGCGCACAGUCGAGGCUGGACGAGGCGCGGUCUCGGAGCCAGGUUUCCUGCCCAGGAAGCCCGGCCGCGCGCUAGGGGACCCCGAUGUCACCGGCGGGAUCGGGGCUCGGUGCACCACGCCCCCUUCUGCGCCCGGGGCCACUGCGGGGACGGAGAUCUCAGGAAAGUAGCCUUUAUUUAUGCCGCACCGAUCGUUACCCCAGGCAGGGCGGACCUGAACGGAGCGCCACUGCUCGAGACCUGGUGCGGGGCGCAGCACCCUCGUGUUGGCGCCUGGGCCUCCCCACCGUUCGGUCCCUGGAGACACUGAGCUUGCGGCGGGACGUUGAUGGCGGGCCAGGCGUGGGAGACUCGCAGACCCCGGCCCGCCGGGACAGCCAGCUGCGUCACCUUGGACGUGGACAAAACUUCGGAGCCUCGGUUAUGUCGCCUGUAACCUGAGGACAACGGCCUGGAAGGGGCUCGGGUGACACGGGGCCGAUUUGGCCGGUCUGCCGCCUCCGCGCCGGACUGCCAGGCUGGGUGCCCGGGACACCGGGAUGCGCCGGCCUGCGAGCCCACCGUGACGCAGAUCUGGCGGCCGCUAGUGACAGCCACCUUUCCCCCCCACACCCUUCCCGCUUUCUCGUCCCUAAGGGGCCCCCGCCACCCCGGCUCCCUUUCGUUUCUCUGAGGAAGCCCGGCGCAGCCUAACCCUGAACCGGCCGCACCAGGCGGGGAUUUGCGCCAGGCCCCCCGCGCAUGCUCAGUGGUUGGGGACUGGGCGGGUACCCUGGGCGGGGAGCCUGACUGAAGGGCGGCUCCGCUGAUUGGCCGAGCUGCUCAGGCCACGCCCGUUGCCUCCAGACGGACAGUUCCUUACCUGCCGAGUCGGCCUCGGCAGAGCGCGGUGGCCUUGAAAGCCCAGGGAUGGGAGAAUCCCUGCCGCGCCUCCCGCUCAAGUACGCAGAGGUUUCAUAUCCGCCAUCACCGCGGUGGAGGAGGCCAGCCUGUUGCGCCCCACCGCGUCAGAAAGCCUAACGCUGGCCUGAAGCGUAAUCUUAAGGUGGUGGGGAAAAUACUGAUUUAGCGCAGAGAGCAAAACACCUCCGUUCUGGGUUGAAUGGGCAGGCCUAGAGGUGAGGCAUGCCGUCAGCACUCAAUAAUUGCUUGCAGGAUUAGAUUGUUUCCCCAGUGGGUGGGGACUGCAGGAUGUAGCAUUGAAUGCGCCUGACAGAUUGGAAGAUAAAACUAGUAAUGUGUGAUAAUAAAAACAAUUACGCACUAA